GCCGCCUUUUCUUUCUUCUCUAUUGCCUCCUACAAAUAAAAUCUCUGCACCUCUCUUCUCGUAGAACUUCUAAGGCUCGAGAUGGCAGAAAGAGGAGGAGAGCGAGGUGCAUUCCGCCGGGGUUUUGGUGGUGGCGGAAGGUCUGACCGUGGCAGAGGUCGCCGCCGCGGCGGUCGUAAAGAAGAGGAGGAAAAAUGGGUGCCGGUUACAAAGCUUGGGCGCUUGGUAAAAGCUGGAAAAAUCACUUCUUUGGAGCAAAUCUAUCUCCAUUCCCUCCCCAUCAAGGAGCAUCAAAUUGUUGAUCUCCUCGUAGGCCCCUCCUUGAAAGAUGAGGUCAUGAAGAUUACUCCUGUCCAGAAGCAGACUCGUGCUGGCCAGCGCACGCGCUUCAAGGCCUUUGUGGUCGUCGGUGACGGUAACGGCCACGUCGGUCUGGGCGUUAAGUGUAGCAAAGAGGUUGCCACCGCUAUUCGUGGGUCGAUUAUCUUGGCGAAAUUGUCCGUGAUCCCUGUGAGGAGAGGGUACUGGGGGAACAAGAUCGGGAAGCCUCAUACGGUGCCCUGUAAGGUUACAGGGAAGUGUGGGUCAGUUACAGUGAGGAUGGUGCCAGCUCCUAGAGGUGCGGGGAUUGUGGCGGCUAGAGUGCCCAAGAAGGUGCUUCAGUUUGCUGGGAUUGAGGAUGUCUUCACUUCUUCCAGGGGAUCUACCAAGACCCUUGGUAACUUUGUCAAGGCCACCUUUGACUGUCUCCUGAAAACUUAUGGAUUCUUGACUCCUGAUUUUUGGAGGGAAACCCGCUUUUCCAAGUCUCCUUACCAGGAGUACUGGGAUCUGUUGGGAAAGCCUACAAAAGCAGCCCUUGUUUUAGAGGAUGUGGAGAAUGCAACUGCUUAAUGGAUUUUUAUUUCAUGAGAAUUGAUUUUUAGGUUGUCAAGAAAGUGGACAAUGAAAUGUUCUCCUCUUACUCUCUAUGAGAUAUUUAGUACUUUAUUGUUAAUCAGCUUGUUAUUUUUCGGAUAAACAUGGAUUCUUAUU